AACACAAACGGCAAACGCGGCGCGACCAAAGCAAGUUAUUCAUCUCGCCGCUACAGAUAAAUCAGAGUUAUCUCCAAGCGCUAUCGUAUUACCGCACGCAGCUGCAAGUCAUCUCCGCGAUGGCUGCCACGACGACCGCUGUGUGCGUGGCCGCUACGGCCGUCGGCCUGUGGUUGGUGCGCAAACUUCGCGAAAGGCAGUGGGGCUACUGCAGGUCGCGGCGGACCCUGGAAGGUCGAGUCUGCAUUGUAACAGGCGCCAACGGUGGCAUCGGCUUCGAGGUGGCGAAAGACCUGGCCCGUAGGAAGGCCAGGGUGAUUCUUGCCUGCAGGAAUCUGAACAAUGCGCGCAAGGCAGUCGAGGACAUCCGCCGUGAGGGCAUCCUGACAGGAGAAUUGAUUCCCAUGCAGCUCGACUUGUCCUCUUUGGAGUCAAUUAGAGAAUUUAGCAAAGAAGCUCUGGAGCAGUUCCAGGAAAUCCAUCUUCUUGUGAACAAUGCCGGCGUUUACGUCCCUGUGGCUGAAAAGCAAAAGACUGCAGAUGGUUUCGAGCUUCAUUUUGGAGUCAACCAUUUGGGACAUUUCUUGCUAACAAACCUGCUCAUUGAGCGGAUCGUCAAAUCCAAGCCCAGCAGGAUCGUGACAGUGUCUUCCACUCUGCACGAAAAAGGUGAAAUCGACUUUGAUAACCUUCAGCUAGAGGACCUGAGCAAUCUGGACCCUAAAAAGAGUCGUACCAACCCUGGUUAUUGCAACUCGAAGCUUGCGAAUGCACUCUUCAGUCAGGAGCUGGCUCAGAGAGUUCCGGAGGGAGUUUCCUCCUACGCUGUCUGCCCUGGCUUCACGUUGACAAACCUUUUCAGGAGCUUCAACCCAAAGUUCUAUCACUACAUCAUGUUUGCGCCAAUCAUGUACUGGUACAUGCGAUCAGCUACACAGGGGGCUCAAGGUGUCAUAGCCUGUGCUGUUUCUGAAGACUUUGAAGGCCAGUCUGGUCUUUUCUACAAGGAUUGCAAGCUGUAUAAGAGCAAAGCUGAUUUAAACCCUGAAAUCGCCAAGAAGCUGUGGGAGAAAAGUCAGGAAUUGGUUAGCCUGAAGUAGAAAUGUUGAUAAUCAGUAUUUUUUUUUUCGUAAUUUUGUGAUAAUCUUAUAAUUUUUUGUAGUGUAUAGAAUAGAGGUUUCUAAAUAAACUACCGUUUUAACUUCA